UCUCAUUCUUCGCUCAUUACACAAACCCUAGUCUCCCCAAACACGCCUCCCUCCACAUAUACAUAAGCAACGACGCCGUUUCGUGUUUUCUCUCUUUAUGUUUUCAUCGCCGCCGGAGCUGGAUCCGAGAUUCGCCGGAACUGAAAGUCGCCGGAGAGUUCAUGGAGUCGACGGUGAUGAGUAACCGGAAUGAGUCGAGCUGGGGACAAUCACUUGGGAAAUUCAUGACAAAGACGGUGCCUUUAACAAACCCUAAUCCUAACCCUAUUUCUAACCCUAGUAAUCAUAAACAUCUUUCCAAAUCGUCGAAGAAGAAGAAACAGUUUCACGCUCUUAACGGCCGGCACGAUGAGUCACCGGUGGUUAUUCAAUCGGUGGCGGACGAUGCAUAUUCGUACAAUCAAAGACCACUGGAUACUAAUCACGGAGAUGCCGGUGGUUUUAAUCACGCCGCUGGUGGUUUUGUUAACAUCAAGGUUUCGACUUGUUCGAAAGCCGAGCUGAGGGAGUUGAAGCGGAAGCUUCAAUUGGAGCUGAAGCGAGUUCGCGAGCUGAAUGAUCGGAUCGAGUCGAGGCAAUUGGUGUCUCAGUUGCCUCCCAGAUCUAGCAACGAAGCGCCUCAGUUUCCCCCUAGAUCCAACCAUGGUAAAAUGAAGAAGCUUUCCGGUCAAAAGAGGAUGUUGCCACUUGGUCCACCACAAAUUCAAAGUCAAUUGGAACAGAAUCUGGGGGUUCCGAGUGGCAAUAUUGAGGGGAUUGAGGAAAUGAUGAAGUCCUGCAGACAGAUUUUAAUUAGAUUGAUGAAGCAUAAGCAUAGUUGGGUUUUUAAUAAGCCGGUUGAUGCGGCUGCUUUGGGUCUUCAUGAUUAUCAUUUGAUUGUUAAGAAGCCGAUGGAUCUGGGGACGGUUAAGAUGAAUUUUGGGAAGAAUUUGUAUUCUUCACCGGCUGAGUUUGCAUCGGAUGUGAGGUUGACCUUUAAUAAUGCAAUGUUGUAUAAUCCGAAGACGGAUGAAGUUCACCGGAUGGCAGCUCAGCUUUUGUCUGAGUUUGAGACGAAGUUUGGUCCGAUUCAAGAUAAGUUGGACCAGAUCAGUACUCGAAAAGAAAGGAGUGGUUUUGCUAAUAUAAAUAAUGAGCUACAAGGGAGUUCUUGGAAUGAGAUUGUAGUACCUCAUUCACCACCAAGGCCGAAGAAGCCCAAGACUAGUCUUGUGAAUUCAAUUCCGAGAAAGGUUGAAAGGAUUCCUGAACCAUUGCAGAAGCCAAAUCAAUCUAGUGGCUCUAACCCCACAAAUUCGAAUCCCCCUGUAGCUCAGUCACCGAGGAUUCCUCAACCAGCACCGAAGCCAAAUCUGUCUAGCGGCUCAAACCCCUCGAAUUCGAAUCCUAGAUCAGCUCAAUCACCGGUGACAACUCCAUCUCCCGUGGAAGCUCAACCAGUGAAACCUACCAAACCGGUUGGAGCAGUGAAAGGUGCUUCUACUACAAAGCUACCGAAGCCCAGGGCUAAGGAUUCAAAUAAAAGAGAAAUGACCAUGGAAGAGAAGCAGAUGUUAGGAGUUGGGUUGCAGAAUUUGCCCCAAGAAAAAAUGCCACAGUUGGUGCAAAUUAUAAGGAAAAGAAAUGAACAAUUGUCUCAAGAAGGUGAUGAAAUUGAGCUUGAUAUCGAGGCACUUGAUACUGAAACACUUUGGGAGCUAGAUAGAUUUGUGACUAAUUGGAAGAAACUAGUUAGCAAGACAAAAAGGCAAGCACUAAUGGAAAAUUAUUCUGCUGUUCAGACAGUCACUACUGAUACAGAUGAGGCUCCAGCCAGUACUAGAAAUGAUGGUAGCGCAAAAAAUAUGAAAAAGGGAGAAGGGGAUGAGGAUGUUGACAUUGGGGAUGAGAUGCCGGAAAAUAGUUUUCCACCUGUUGAAAUUGAGAAGGAUGAUGGUGGGCAUGGUCAGGAUAAUGGUAUUAAGAAUGGUACUGGAAAUGGUAAUGCUAGUAGUAGUUCGAGUAGCUCUGGCAGUUCUGGCAGUGACUCGUCUUCUUCAAGUGAUUCAGGGAGUUCUUCAGGCAGUGACUCCGAUGCAGAUGAAGCACAAUCAUAAAAUUCAAGUUCAGUCAGGAGGCACCAUGAACUUUGAUUAAAAUGCACUACCUAAGGAAGUAGCACAGGGCAUUGCCUGAGAAGCACCGGAAUGCAAAUUAAUCCGCAGUUUCUUGAAAAUGUUGUUUGUGGUUAUUUUCUUAGAGUAUCUCUUUGAGUGAUGAGUUGUUGCUUGGAAGAAGGAAUCGAUAAGGAGAGUGAAGAAUUGCGAGGCUGUAGCUCUGCUCUGGAUUCUACAACUAUGUGAAGCCAGGAGUGUAGUAGUAAAAACCAUGGUAGAGAAUUUAGAUGAUUUCUAGUGAAGUUUCCCUCAAAUUAGAAGCUCUUAGCUUUCUUCUUGUACAUAUCAUCUAACACUAAAUAUAGUACCAGUUCUUUGAUCCUUGCAA